CAACAACUCACCGCCAACAACACUCAACAACCGGUAUAUUGACUGCGCGCGAAACUAGCGCAUCACAAUGGAUCACAACACAGGCGCCUCAGCAAGCGCGAGCCAACUGCCACAGACGCUGAGCGAACUCGAGGCGCUUCCAUGGUGUCGCGCGCUCCUAAAGAGCCCCGGCAUCACAACCUUCACCCCGCAAUCCCGCGACCCAAAGAACUUGAACCCGCACGACAGGCUCUUCGGCAAGACACUCAACCACUCGGAGGGUAUACCGGCGUGUAUCAGCUUCCACCCCGAGAGCCCAGGACAGUCCGUCAUCACCAAAUUAUCGACGCUCUUCGCACUCUCGCAAGGCAUCGACGGUUAUCCAGGGAUCGCCCAUGGCGGCAUGACCGCAGUGCUCAUCGACGAGGUGCUCGGCGUCCUCAUCCAGAGGAACAUGGAUACUGACAGAGAUCACCCGGUGUUCAAGAUGAACACCGUGACCUCGUCGAUGGACAUCAAAUACCUCAAGCCGAUUGUCACGCCAGGGGUUGUUCUUGGGGUCGGGCAGAUCAAGGAAAUUCGCGGCAAGAAGCUGCUUCUCCGGGCGGUAUUGAAGGACGCAAAUGGGGUGGACUUAGCGACUUGCGACUCUGUAUGGAUUGGGAUCCCGAGGGUGAAGAUGUAAGCACGUUAUUGGAUUAUCCAUGGAAACUGGGGAGAGUUGUCAGGGAGCACAAGGGGAAAGGUUUUCCUGUGAAUUUGGAGUCUCGUAGAGGUUCAGCGAACGGUAUACGACUUUUAUACAAGCCGCUUUGCUUUCUGAGUUCUUGCGC